ACACGUGACCCGAGCGUGGGGCCUUCGGUGUGGAGAGCGCCAAGUUGGGGAUCCCCCCCCCCCACUAUUGGGGGGCAGAAGGGGAGGGGAGGAGGAGGAGGAGGAGGGGGGGGGGGGGAGGAAGGAGGAGGAGGAGGAGGAGAUGGAGGCGGCCCCCCGGUUGCAGCGGGGGGGGCAGCUGCAGUGUAAGAACCUCCAUGAGUUCCUCCGGGGGCUCAGCCCCCCCCUCCUCGACCGCCUUUAUGGGCACCCCGCCACCUGCCUGGCUGUGUUCCGGGAGCUGCCGGGGCUGGCGCAGGUGGGGGUGAUGCGGAUGCUGUUCCUGGAGCAGCCCCUGCCCCACGCGGCUGUGGGGCUGUGGGUGAAGAAAGAGCACAGCAAGGAACAGGCAGACAGCCAGGAGAUGCUGUUGGCGCUGCGGCUGUGGCACCCCCACACACUGCCGGGGGGGCCCGGGGUGGUCCUGCACCCCCAAUUCCGCCAGAACCUCCGCAUCGCUCUGCUGGGGGGGGGCAGCGCGUGGUCGGACGACACCGCCCCAUUGGGCCCCGAUAAACACGCCCGGGCUGUGCCCGCGUUGGAUAAAUACGCCGAGGAACGUUGGGAGGUUAUACUGCAUUUCAUGGUGGGGUCCCCCAGCGCGGCGGUGAGUCAGGACCUGGCGCAGCUCCUGGUGCAGGCGGGGCUGAUGAAAAGUGAGGGGGGGGAAGCCCCCUGCAUCACAUCGGCCGGCUUUCAGUUCCUGCUGUUGGACACCCCUGCCCAGCUUUGGUACUUCGUGCUGCAGUACCUGCGGGGUGCCGAGGCACGUGGCAUGGAUCUGGUAGAGAUCCUCUCCUUCCUCUUCCAGCUGAGCUUCAGCACGCUGGGCAAGGACUAUUCGGUGGAGGGGAUGAGCGACUCCCUGCUGACCUUCCUGCAGCACCUGAGGGAGUUCGGGUUGGUGUUCCAGAGGAAGCGCAGGUCCCGCCGCUUCUACCCCACGCGAUUGGCCAUCGCUUUGGCCUCGGGGACAUCGGGGACACCACCGGAGCCCGACACCCGCGGCUUCAUCGUGGUGGAGACCAACUACCGCAUCUACGCCUACACCGACUCGGAGCUGCAGAUCGCUCUCAUCGCUCUCUUCUCGGAGCUGCUGUACCGUUUCCCCAACCUGGUGGUGGCCCAGGUGACACGGGACAGCGUGCAGGCGGCCAUCGCCAACGGGAUCACUGCUGACCAGAUCAUCCACUUCCUGCGCACGCGGGCGCACCCCAUCAUGGCCAAGCAGAGCCCGGUGCUGCCCCCCACCAUCACCGAUCAGAUCCGCCUCUGGGAGUUGGAGAGGGACCGCCUGCGCUUCUCCGAGGGGGUGCUCUACAACCAAUUCCUAUCCCAGGUGGAUUUCGAGGUGCUUCGGGACCACGCCAGGGCUUUGGGGGUGUUGGUGUUCGAGAACCCCACCAGGCGCCUCAUGGUGGUCACCCCGGGGGGGCACCCCGAUGUCAAACGCUUCUGGAAGCGACAGAAGCACAGCUCUUAGGGACCCCCCCUUCCCCCCCCCCCCCAACCCCAUAUCCCAAACCCCCUCCCAAAACACCCCCCCAACCCCAUCCCUACGACGACCCCCCCCCCCUUUUUUUUAUCUGUAUAUGAAAUGUGGGGUUUUUUAAGCCGAAUAAUAGAAUAAAAGAGGAGAAUUUGG